UCAGAAUGAUGAUGAGAUAAGAUUGUUGAGAGGAGGUUCUGUCAAUAAAUUAUGACGAUACAGAGAAAAUGAAUUCAUGAUUCGUUGUUGGCAUAAUGAAACGAAACAUCAUAGAAGUAAAUUGUUCAUUAUACGACGUCAUUUCCUGCAUCAUCGUCAUGCUUCAAUGUGUGACAUUGACGACUGGUGAAACUUGUACCCGAAGAACAAUUGUAUUAACAGUACAACGCAGUGAUUGUUUUCCUAGAAGACUUCUUGCUGGUGCUUGCCGAGGAACAUGCAAUUCGUAUUCUCGACCUUCCUUAGAAUAUCCGGGUCAAAUGGAAAGCUUUUGUCAGUGUUGUGACGUAGAUGAAGUACGUUUGCGAAGCACAAACGUCACUUGUCCGGUGCAAAAUCCUCAGCCCGGACAACCGCCUUUCAGAAAAAUUCGUGUUUAUAUGAACCUACCAAGAUCCUGUAGGUGCCGGCCAUGUUCAGGACAAACCGGCAACGUUAUUCCAGCGGAACAGUCUAUUUGGAAUCAAGGCAAGAGAAACUCAAACACAUUUAUAAAACGUAGAAACGCUAGUGAGAGUGACCUUGGAUACUUAAAAAGCCUUCGGGAGCCUUUUAUAUUUGUAGAGGAUAACUUGUUUAAUUUUACAUAUAAAGAAAUAGGCUAAUAUAUUAAUAUGUCAUAACUGACAAUCCUUUAGAAGAUGUAUGUAAAUGUGAUUCUUGCUGAGAAAGUGUGAAUGAAAUUAAUUCAAUGUAUAAGAUAUAAAAUGUUGAGAGAUUUUAUAUAUAUGUAUUUUUGUUUUAUAAAAAACGUAUAUCAUGUAUAUUAUUAUUAUUUAAUAAAUUGUUGACGCAUU